AUGCCUGUAGAUAUUCCUGGAUUCAUAUAUGCUGGAAUGGUAGCUGCUGGAGGAGUUCUCGGAUAUUAUAAGGCUGGUUCUGUACCAUCUCUGGCUGCUGGUUUACUUUUUGGAGGAGCUCUAGCAUAUGGUGCAUUGGAAGUUAGUAGGGAUCCUGCAAACUAUUCUGUUCAGUUGGCAACAAGUUCAAUUUUAGCUGGUAUAAUGGGUUAUAGAUUUUACAAUUCUGGAAAAGUAAUGCCUGCUGGUGUGGUCUGUUUGUUGUCAGUUGGUAUGAUCAUGAGAAUUGCAGGAAAGGCCACUGGGAUAACAAGUCCAAGAACCACUUGA